AAUCCCCCAUACACCCCCAAAUAACAAAACUAGGGUUCUCCGCGCUCUGCAACGCGAGGGAAAAUGGCAAUGUCUCAAAUUCCAGAAUCUGAAUCGAUGAGGAUGAGGCCCUAUCCACCUGAGAUAAUCUGGCAUUGUUGAAUAUGGUACGUGCUGGUAUCAACCUUCAUGCUUUUUCUUCAUUUUGCUCAAGUCUUGAAAUGAAAUAAUCGAUGUGGUAGUCUUGAAUGCUCUGAAUUGUGAAUUGCGAAGGUGAAGAAGAUUGUAGUUGGGUUGGAAUAGAAUAGGAGGAUUUUAGUAUUUGAAAACCCUGGUUAAGUCUAGGUUCAUGGCGCCGAAGCCUAAGAAAAGGGCUAUUGCAAGUUGUGAGGGUGAAGGAGGAGGUUGUAGUGAGAGUAAGAGCAUGAUAGACAGGCUUAGUGAUCUUCCGGAUCAGGUUGCACAUCACAUUCUUUCGUUUCUAACUGUGAUGGACCUGGUUCGAGUGUGUUGUGUGUCCAAAAGAUGGAGAGAGCUUUCUCUGUCUGCCCCGUGUUUGAAUUUUGAUGAGAUUCCGUCGGGUUGUAGAUCCACAUGCCGUAACCGGCUGCAGUUGAUGACGUAUUUGGAGAGGUACUUGUUUCAUCGUGGGGGUAAUAAGAUACAGUCGUUUCGUGUCAAUUGGGAGCGGCACUAUAUGGAUGAAAAUGAAACUGUGUGCAUCUGUGCUAGCGAGCAUUAUCGACUCAUCACAUGGAUCAAUAGUGCGGUGAGGUGUAAUGUUGAAGUGCUUGACCUUAAGAUGACUCUGUAUGAUCCCGAGGAGGCACCGUUUCCGUCUAGCGUCUUUCUCUGUGGAACUUUGAGGUCCCUAGCAGUGGAUAUGAAUUUUACUCUUCUUAGAACGCCCUCGUUUGGUUUUUCAUCAAAUCUCACUAAGUUGGAGUUAAAAGAUGUUGUGAUAGAGGACGACCGGUUUUUCAAAUGGGUCUCAUGUUCCUGCAAGUUCAUUGAAGAGUUACAUCUUGAUCAAGUUCGUGGAAUUAUAACUAUCAGUAUUGAAAGCUCGUCUCUGAAAAUAUUGAGGUUUUUUGAUGUGUUCAACACCUCCCAUCUUAGCAUAUCAGGUGAGAAACUUGAAGACAUAGUUGUGGGCUGGUAUGUUGAAUCACCUAGCAACAGUUCCUUAAAUAUUUGUGCCCCAAAUCUUAGGUGUUUGAGUUGGAGUGGGAAAUUGAUGAAUCACCUAACUCUGGGAAAGUUCAGACAUUUAGAAGCUGCUGUGCUUCGUCUAAGGCCUGAUGAAAAUGAAUUAGACAAAGUGUAUGAGGUUCUUUGCAGUUUAUGCAAAGUUAGAGCUCUUAUGCUGGACGAAGCAACCAUUAAGGUUCCAUUCAGUAAAGGAUCCAUGCGAGCUCCAAUAUAUAAUAUUCAUUGUUUGACUAUGGAUAUUGGAAGCAUUACUGACGAGUUGGUUCCAGCAAUAGUUUCUCUCUUCAGAGGAUUGCCUAAUAUGUAUAUUCUUUGUAUACAGUCUAAAACCCCUCUAGACAACCCUCAAUCUAAUACAUCUGGGUUUGAUAUGGGAUAUUGGAAGUUGCAAAACCUUGCUUUUAUAGAUCAGCUGAAGGUGGUCAGCAUAGAACUUUGCAAUGACUCCAAUGCAAUUGAUUUAGCAAGGUAUAUUCUUGAGUGCGCUCAGAAUUUGCUGCAAAUGAUUGUUAUUUAUCCACCCCAGGAUUCAGAGAUAGUUACAAGGAAGUUAAAGGAAAGCAAGAUAGCUUCUGGUGCCACAGUUGUCUUUCGUGAAAAAGAGAAAAGAGGAUAAAGCUCCUCCGGCACUUUUCAGAUGUCAACUGUCAUAGCAUUGAAAAUUUAGCAUCAACGAUCACGGAUCCAUUUUGCCUAUAAGUUAGAUCUGUUAUUUUCAGAUGUUAACCAGCAAUGUUCCAUGUGUACUGGUAUAUUUUCUGUUCUUGUACUGGAUGCACAUUCGACUACGCAUUAGUUUUCUUUAGCAUCUCUUUGCGAAGUUUA